AUGAGGGCGGGAGGGGCGCGUGCCCCCUGGAUCGCAGCGCUGCUGCUGCUGCUGCUGCACGCAGCUCACGCAGCUCUUUUGGCCGUCGACCUCGGCAAUGAAUCCAUCAAGCUGGCCAUCGUCAAGGGCGGCAAGACGCCGAUUUCGAUCGUGACCAACGAGAUGUCGCGGCGGAAGUCGCCCGCGCUGAUCGGGUUCGUGAACGGAGAGCGGCUGGUUGGCGAGGAGGCCAUCUCCGUGCAGGCCCGCUACCCGACGAAGAUCGUGUCCCGCCUGCGCGACAUGAUGGGCGCCCAGGCGGACGACCCCGCGCUGCAGGACAUGCUCAAGCGCACGCACCGCUUCUUCGACUUGGAGAGGGGCGCGGAGCGUGGCACCGUCGUUCUGCCCGCGGACGACGGCGUCAAGUACUCCGCGGAGGAAAUGAUGGCCGGCAUCUUCACGUACGCCGCGGGCCUCGCUGCCGCGGCGAACGACGGGCAGCCGGUCACGGACUGCGCGGUCGCGGUGCCGGCCUACAUGACCCAGCCGCAGCGCCAGGCCAUCAUCGACGCUGCCAAGCUCGCAGGGCUCAAGGUCCUGUCCGUGCUCAACUCCCACGCCGGCGCCGCGCUGCAGUACGGCAUCGAGCGCACGUUCCCCGAGAAGGAGCUGAUCCUGUUCUACGACAUGGGCGCGUCGUCGACGGAGGUGGCGCUGGUGGAGUUCUCCACGUUUGGCGCGGCCAAGACGGGGCAGUUCGUGGUGCUCGACGUGGCGUGGGACGAGACGCUCGGCGGGGAGGAGCUCGACCGCGUGAUGGUGGAGCACUUCGCGGCCGAGUUCGAGAAGAAGCACGGCGUGGACAUCACGCGGAACCCCAAGUCCAUGGCCAAGAUGUACAAGCAGUGCAAGCGCGUCAAGGAGAUCCUCUCCGUCAACACCGACGCCAGGCUGACGGUCGAGGAGGUGCACGACGGGAUCGACUUUUUCUCAGAGAUCACGCGCAGCACGCUCGAGGAGCUCGCGGCGCCGAUCCUGGCGCGCGUGGGCGGCCCGAUCAAGGAGAUCCUCGCGCGGCGGCCGGACCUGAAGCCCACGGAGCAGCUCACGAACGUGGAGCUGCUGGGCGGGGGCACGCGCGUCCCCGCAGUGCAGGCGGCCAUCUCCGAGGCGCUCGGGGGGCGGCAGACGGACCGGCACCUGGACGCGGACGAGGCGGUCGUCAUGGGCGCCGCGCUGAACGGCGCGAACGUGUCCACGUCGUUCCGUCUGCGCAAGUUCGGGAUGGGCGACGGGUCGCCGUACGCGUUCGAGGUGACGUUCACGUCGCCCGACGCCCCCGCGGAGGACGAGGCGGCCGCUGUCGAGGCAGCCAAGGGCGACGACGACGCGGAGGCGGCCGAGGCCUCGGGGCAGACGAUGAAGAAGCGGCUCCUGCCGCGGCUGAAGACGCUGCCGGCGAAGCGGAUGGUGACGGUGCCGUGGCCGCGCGACCCGGUGGAGGCGGAGCUGCGGUACGUCGGAGGCGCGGCGCCGCACGUCCCGGAGGGGCGGCUGGCGCGGUUCACGCUGACGGGCGCGGACGAGAUCCACAAGCAGCGCAACACCACGGGGCGCGUGAAGGCGUACUUCACGUUCUCGAACGGCGGGAUGGUCGAGCUGGACCGCGUGGAGAGCGUCGUGGAGGUGACGGAGAUGGUCGAGACCAAGGUGCCGCGCGUGCUCAACGAGACGGCGAACGCGACGGCGAACGCCACCAACGCCACCGAGACGGUGCCGACGGAGGGAGCGGACGCGGACGCCGGCAAGGACGAGUCGCCCGAGCAGCCCGACGCUGAGGUCAAGCCCAACGCCGAGUCGGGCGCCGAGUCGGACGGCGCGGACGGUGCGGCGUCGGACAAGAGCGACGCCGAGGGCGACGGCGCAGGCGGCCAGGAGGAGCCCGGCGAGGGCGACGGAGACACGCCCAGCGGCGACGAGGGCGCGGAGCAGGACGCUAAGAAGGACGCGAAGGAGGGCGCGAAGGAGGACGCGUCCAAGGCGCGUUCGAAGAAGAGGGAGAAGCCGCAGAAGCCCGAGGUGGUGUACGACACGGUGAAGAAGCCGCGGCAGCGCGUGCACCGGAAGCGGCUGACCGUGGUGGGCGGGCCGCACGCGCAGCUGGGCGGCAUGACGGCGGCCGAGCGCAAGGAGGCCGCGGCGCGGCUGCAGGAGCUGGCGCGGCGCGACGCGGUCAAGCGCGAGACGGCCAAGGCGAAGAACGACCUGGAGAGCUUCAUCAUCACGGUCGUGGACAAGCUCGAGAUGGACGAGGCCGUCGUGGCGGUCACCACCGAGGACCAGCGCUCGAAGCUCCAGGCGGAGCUCACGGCCAUUGAGGACUGGCUCUACAGCGACGGCGACAGCAGCUCCGCGGCGGAGUUCCGCAAGCAGCUCGCGCUCGCGCACGGCGCCGCCGACGGUGUGCUGCUGCGCGCGGCCGAGCUCACCGCGCGCCCCGAGGCCCUCGCGGAGGCGCGCGGGCACAUUGCGCGCAUCCGCAACGCGUCGGCGUCGUGGGCCGAGAGCAAGCCGUGGAUCACCGACAAGGAGCGCGCGGACCUCGAGAAGCAGCUGGAUGCUCUGGAGGCGUGGCUGACGCAGCAGGAGGAGGCCCAGGCCAAGCUCGAAGCCACAGCGGACCCAGCGUUUGUGUCCAAGGACGUGUCGGAGCGGCUGGUGCCGGUGCACGAGGCGUUCAAGAAGCUGGACUCGCGGCCGAAGCCGAAGCCGAAGAAGGAGUCGAAGAAGGAGGAGGGUGAGAAGAAGGAGGACGAGAAGGAGAAGAAGGGCGGGUGGAAGUCGUGGUUCGGGGGGCGCGGGAAGGAGGAGGAGGAGAAGGGCAAGGGGAAGGAGGAGGGGGAGGAGAAGGAGGGGGCGCAGGAGAAGGAGGGGAGGGAGCAGGCGGAGGGCGGCGAGCAGGGGGCGGCGAGGCCACGGAGGGGUCGCAGGGCGAGGGCGCCGCGGAGGGCGAGGGCAGCGGGGGCGAGGGCGGAGGGAGCGCGGGCGAGGGCGCGGGCGCGGGCGGGGAGGGCGCCGGGGCCGAGGAGGGCGAGGCGGAGGCCACGGGGCACCAUGGGGAGCUGUAGACACCGCGCAAACCAGUGA